ACUAUCUUUAACUACAAGUCCCUUUCUGUAUCAAUAUUCUGAGAGAAAGUACACACCCAACACAAGUGCCACCACAUGACACAACCCCCAAAUCUGAAAUCACAAAUGUCAAAGUCACCCCAAAUGCAAUACAAGAAUCUGGGCCGCUCCGGCCUCAAAGUCUCCCAGCUCUCCUACGGCGCCUGGGUCAGCUUCGGCAACCAGCUGGACGUCAAAGACGCCAAGGCCCUCCUCCAGUGCUGCCGUGACCACGGCGUCAACUUCUUCGACAAUGCCGAGGUCUACGCCAACGGCCGGGCCGAGGAAAUCAUGGGCCAGGCGAUUAAGGAACUGGGCUGGAAGAGAUCCGACAUCGUCAUCGCCACCAAGAUCUUCUGGGGCGGCCCGGGCCCGAACGAUAAAGGGCUGUCGAGAAAGCAUGUGAUCGAGGGUGUUCAAGGGUGUUUGAAGAGGCUGGAGAUGAGUUAUGUUGAUUUGAUUUAUUGUCAUAGGCCGGAUACGAGUACGCCGAUUGAGGAGACGGUGAGGGCGAUGAAUUAUGUGAUUAAUAAAGGGUGGGCCUUUUAUUGGGGGACGAGUGAGUGGUCUGCACAGCAGAUUACUGAGGCUUGGGGUGUGGCGGAGAAGUUUGGGCUUAUUGGGCCUGUGGUGGAACAGCCUGAGUAUAAUCUCUUGUCUAGGCAUAAGGUUGAAGUUGAGUUCCUCCCUUUGUACACCAACUAUGGCCUUGGUCUUACUACAUGGAGUCCACUAGCCUCAGGAGUUCUAACCGGAAAAUACAACAGUGGAAAAGUUCCAGAAAACAGCAGAUUUGCACUGGAAAACUAUAAGAAUCUUGCAAAUAGAACAUUGGUGGAUGAUGUCCUUAAUAAAGUAAGAGGACUAGAACCAAUUGCUAAGGACUUGGGAGUCCCAUUAGCUCAGCUUGCAAUCGCUUGGUGUGCUGCAAAUCCAAAUGUUUCAUCAGUUAUCACUGGUGCGACCAAGGUUCAUCAGGUCGAGGAGAAUAUGAAAGCAAUCAAUGUUAUUCCGUUGCUUACACCUGAGAUUAUGAACAAAAUCGACGCUAUUGUUCAGAGCAAGCCCAAACGUCCAGAUUCAUAUAGGUGAAUGGUUGAUAUUUCUAGGUAUUUAUGUAAAGGACAGAGAUUUGUGUUGGUGCACAUAUUAUAUUUCUGUUCCCAUCAUUGAGUGUAUCAUAUUUGGAACCCCAUAAAGGCAAGUUUGCAUUAUGGCUGAGAUGGAAAUUACUCCAUCUUGAUUUUUACUUUUAUUUAAUUUUCUGCUAAGGAUUCAUGGUACUUUUAUUAUCCAUUGUUCCUGA